UGGAAAACUAUGAAUGCACUGUGCGAAGGUGUUUGUGAAAAUAGCCUUUUUCCUCACGCACAACCACGGUAGAUUAUUAUUGAUAGAAUACAUUUUGUAAUGUUAGAUGUACAUUGCACAAACAAGGGUAUGCUUGAAUAUAUAAUUGUGUCUAUGUAUACAGCUUGUAUGGUGAUAGUUCUCUUAUUUGGUUUCCUUGUUGUAGGUCUAGCAUUUCGAUUUCUGUACAUUUUAAAUGUUAACAUUUUGUUUUUUAAAAGUUUUUAAAGCACCAGUUCAUGAUUUCAGGGAAAUGUGUUCUGCGAUGUGAAAUGCUGAUGAUAUGAAUGAAUUUCAGAUUUUUUUUUAUUCAAAAAUGACUUGUAGCGUAAUGUAUCAAUGUUUAAUGUGACUACCUACACUGUAAGACCGAACAGUAAAGGUUUGAUAAAUAAAAUGGGUUGUAAUAACUUAAAAAAAUUAAAAAGUUCAUUAGUCUCAAAUCUUCUGCGUCAUGUGUACAUUUUUUUAUUUUUAAGUUUACAGUGCUCAACCGCUUUAAUAUAUUUUUGUUAUAGCACUCAAAGUUUAACGCGAUCCCGCCUGACGUCACAUCCAUGUGCAUUCAACGUAUAUGCUCAUCUGCGCCUGGGAGAGAGUUCGCCAUUUUGGUCUGCUUGCCUCAGGUGCGCUUUUUUUUUGUCUAGAAAAUUUGAGAAAAUAUAGCGAAACAGGUUUCACAGUGGCAGUAUUCUGUGAAUACUUCUGAGAAGACACGCGCUGUAGCAUGCAGCAAUUUUACGAAGAUCAUCGGACAAAGUUUUACUCCGUUUUGACCACGCUGUCUGCUGUUAUAUCGAUUUUGGUUUUGGGAGCAUUAAUCUGGUUAAAACUGAAGCAGCUGGCCAGCAGACAGAGUUUUCAGUGCGGUCCUACGAGUGCUGGUACAUUGAGCAUUUAAGAUCAUUUAAGCUGACAUCAUUGGACAACUUCUCUGUGCAUGAGCUAUCAGAACUAAAUGACACAGAAUGGAAGCGCAGAACUUUUUCCUGCAUGUCCAUACAUCCACUGACAUUGUGAGGAAGAUGACUUUAUCUUCACGUCCAGCAUCUGUGGAAGAGCUAAAAACAAAGAUAAAAGAGAAAUUUGAUCUCACCAUUGACUUUACCCUAUCAUACCAAGAUCCUGACUUCAACGGGCAGCUAUGUUCCCUUUUAGACAUUGAGGAACUUCCACAGAAGGCUGUCCUUAUAGUGGUGCGAUCUGAGAGUGAUGCUAGUUCUGUAACAUCUGAUGACACAGUAAUAUCGCCACAUGCAAGGAUUCCAGAGAGGGCUGAAAUAUGGCCUUGCAUUUUUCGAGUGCCCACUUUUUCUUUUGAAGUAGAACUUGUACUUGCUGAGGGAAAUGCUGCAUACGAGACAACAGGAAAGACUUUGAAGUUAAAUAGAGGACAAAAGCACAACAUUCUUGAGACCCUAGCAGAACAAAUGCAUGGCUAUAAAGCAUACCCUAAUGUUAAGGAAAUUUCUAUGGUAGCAGAAGCCCUUGUCAACAAGCAUCCCUGUCUAAAAGAGCCAGGCUCUUGUGCAGGUUGGUAUGGAUGGAAGAACAGCCUAACAUUUAAGAUGGGCAACUACCGCACAAAAUUAAGUCGUGCUGGAUCUCUGGAAGUUGCUGUAAAUUCUGGAAAGAGGAGUAAAAACAACCCCCAAAAAGAUGCCCCUCACACGAACAUCAAAAGACCAAAAAGGGCAGAGAUUAAUUUCCUUCCAAAUUUCCCAAGAGAUGAAGAUGCUUCAAGCCUCGAACAACAAAGACAAAGAAUUAUAGAUGAAGUUCAGAUGACUGACAAAAAUCUUGUCCUGAUCACAAAGUUAAUGGACAGCACUUUUGCUUUGCGGCGCAAAGAGAUCGUCUGUAAUGAGCUACCAGUUAAUGAAAUCCUGAAACGAUGGCCUGCUCUUAAAUUAGAGUCGCAGAUCUGUGCUGAGUUUCACAGAGUGACAAAUGUCAACCUAAAGAAUUGUUUCUUUGCUCAACUGGACCAACAUACCCACCGGCUUCAGAGCCUGUUUCGGAAAAAAGCUUCUCGGACAGGAAAAGCUUCUGAACUCCUGGAUCAGCUCUUCAGGAUUUAUGACCUCCAGGAUCAAGUUGAUGUCCAUGUUAGACGUGCUGUGGUACUCCGGGCUCUCCCUCCGUAUAUGCAUGAGAGUGAUGUCAGCUUUUUCAAGAUGUGGGACGUGGAGCAGUCUGAUGAACCGAACAUCAGUGAUGUACCACUUGGGCUCCUCCUAAGCAAUCAGACAUCAUCAGAUGCCCAUUUUUUCUGCCCAGAGAGGAUUGCAGUUCUGAUUGAGGGUAACAUUGUUAUUGAGUCCUCCACACUGGCUGAUGCAUUCGUCAUUCUCUUUGCACUUACAUACACCCUGCACCUUAACUAUCCAAAACAAUUGCUCAACACAUUUGACUUCGUCCAAAAGGUCCUGAUGGGUCUUGAGGAUGGAAAGUUGAGGCCUAGAGUUCUGAGUCUGAAAAAUGACCUGUUAGCAGUAGUGUAAGCACAUUUGUUUUUCUUGCUGUAAAACAUCUAACAGAUGGGUUUUAUAGAUAUUGUUCCUGAAGUUUUAAUGUGUUAAAGUUGAAUGAAGUCCUGUUUUGUACAUUUUUAUACUUGUGUAAUAUGUUUGUGGAUCUAAUACAUAUAUUUGUAUUGACAUAUUCUAAAUGUGUCGUAUGGUGUGACAACAAACAAUGUGGAAAAAAAUCUUUUAAAAUAGUUUAAUCUCUUUAAUGGUAUUUGUUUAAUUCUUAUUUCUAAAUCUUUGCAAUGUCACACCAUAGGACAUAUUUACAAAUAUAAUACACGGGUAAUUCUGAAAUUGUGGAAUGGUGUGCUUCCAUUAGGCAUCUUCACAUAGGGUUAACUGCAAGUUAAAUGAUGGCUUCCUUGCAGCAGAGAAUUGCACACUGCCAUACUGUUUUGUAUAUUAAACCUCUUACAGAAUUGUUGUAUAUUAUAGUAGUUGUAAUGUAAAAUGCUUGUUGAAGGACUGAAUGUUCGCAUUGGAUACUUGCACAUUGGUGUGACUGAGAGAUUCUGUAUCUGUUUACAUUGCAGUGCACAAACUUCAGCUUUAUUUUGUGUACGUAACAAAACACUAAAGAUAUGCUUUGUAUUAUACUUAUAAUAUUUGUAAUACGUGUUACAUUUCAUACAUCUGUAUUUUAUAAUUUCAAUUUGUUACAGUUAAAUGUUUUUCAUAAUUGUUUUAGAAAACUUAUAGUGAUCCGGAUGUUGAAUGACGUCAUUUGUUUACAUUGCAAUAAUAUGAGAUUACAAAUAUUUCAAGAACGUCAUAUUUGGUUAAUAAACAAGUUACUUGCA